CUUCAUUCAACCCGGAAGUGAUUUGCGCAACACCUUGAGAAACCAAACACUUUCUUCAUUCAUGCAGGUUGCUCAUGCGAUGAAAUGAAGAUAGAUGAGAAGGUUGUCUCAUAUUUCGAAUCGAGCAGCUCACCUGUGGACAAAGAAGGCUAUCUCUUUAAGAAGGGUGACUUCAGGCCAUCCUACCACAAGCGUUGGUUUGUUCUGAAGGGCAACCUCCUGUUCUACAAGGACCACCCGGAUGACCGAGACCUGGUCGGCCUCAUCGUUCUGGACGGCUGCACCGUGCAGCUGUGCGAGUCCGACGAGCAGUUCGCCUUCUCGCUGGUGUGGAGCGAGCCGGAGGGACUCCGGCCUUACAAGUUCGCCGCCGAGGACCAGGCCGAGCAGGAGAGCUGGAUCAAGGCGCUGCUUUCGGCCAACCACGGGUACUUGGCGCUGCUGGUGAUGGACCUGGAGACCAAGUACAAAGAAACAUUAGAGGCCUUGUUCAGUGACCCGGCCAACGGUGCCGCCACCCCAAGCGCGGGACUUCAGCUGCAAUCGUCCACGUCGACCCUGCACCCAACAGGACCCGCGUUGUUCGCAGGCCCCGGCGCUAGUCCGAAGUUGACCCGUCAUCCAACUGCAGGCGCAACCGCCACCUCCGUCCCGAAACUCCAAACCCCGGCCGUCGCCCUCAAAUCCACCAUCAAGAAGUCCCCUAAACUGUGGCCCAAGAGAACCGCCAACGUGGCGCCCAUCGACGGCCCCCCGCCGCCCGCAGGCGACUGGUCGGCGGUGCGUUCGGGGACCAUCCAAGAAGAAUUUAGCAAAUUGCACGAGGAUUUCGGAAAGGAAGUGAAGGAACUGAUCGCCGAUUGGUCGAGAAGCGGACGCUCCGCCCAAGUGACGCUCAAGGAGAACUUGAUAGAUUUUAGCAGUUUUGAGUAAACUGGUCCGAUUUUCAAAGAGUCAUUUCAAGAUUAAUACUUUGCUACUUUUUAUAAUCAUCCUCGGAUGAAUCUUAUCAUUGAUUGGUUGAUCACUUUUUCAUAACCAAAUAAAGAUGUCCAAUCCAUUUGAAGUGGGAGGAGCUUGCAGUCCCCCCUGUAAAGUACAACUUCGACUACUUUGUAACGCUACUUAUAAUCAUGCACUACUACACACAAUUUACUUUUUCAAACCCUAAAUUCAUUUACCGCCAUUGAUGGUGAUAGAGGUUCAAUCCAUUUGAACUGGCAAUGAUUAACCCUUUGAUGAAUUUGAAUUGAUAUUUAAUACAUCAAAAAACAUUGGUGAAUACAAGGUUUGGCCUACAAAUUGGUAGGGACGAUAUAACAGCAUAACAUGCAUGUGCACUUUUUGCUGGUGACGGGACAUAAAUAAGACCUAACAUAUUCUUGAAUGGGGGUCAGAGCUACAUUUCUCACAAAUAUGAAACUAAUUAAUUGACAGGCUAAAUGAUCAAUGCAAAAAUAAAUCUGUAUUGACUUAUACUAACCUUCAUAUGUAUUGGUUCAGGUUCAAACCUUGGUUUUCAAAAACUACUAAAGAAACAUUUCGAAGUGCAAGUCCCUUUAAUUGCAAAAAUGGGGUGCUAUCCUAGAAUUGGUCCACUUCUGGGGGACACUGGAUCAUCCUGAGACUCGCACUAAAGAAUUGUAAUAUAAAAGUGAUUUGGGAAAAAAUAAUGAAAAGAAAAAAUCUGACAUAUCUAAGGACCAAUCUACAUUUGAGGCAUACUGGACUACACCAAGACUCGAACCAAAGUACUCUUUUUCAUCUUGGAUUAUGUUCAUGUCAGUGUCCCCCUGAAUUGGACCCAUGCUUGGAUAGCUCCCCGUUUUGUUUUUUAAUAAAGGGACUUGCACUCCAAAGCCACCACGUUGCAUUACUGUAUGCACGUAAUGCAAACAAUGAUUCAAAUGAGCGACGGCUAGCUUGACUUUGUAGUUCCUUGUGGAAGCUGGCCUGACCGCUGUAGUUUUGCAGGUUAGCAAGUUCAUACAGUUUAUUAUUAUGCUAACUCUGAUGCAGGUCGGACUUCCGGUAGCAAAAUCAGUGGUGUUUCCCCCACCUCCACAACAUUGAUGUCUUUUUACAAUACUUACAGUGGUUGCUGCUGGCCGAAAAAACUAAUAUCCCUCCACUUCAAAGGGGGCGGAGGAGGCGGCAUGUUGUCGACAUCAAUCUAUUGGGUCUGUGUGAGUGUGCAUGUGUUGCCGUUGGGGGAUGAGGGUAGGGUUAGGGUAUGCAGUCAAGUAAUCAGCCAAUCAAACGUGCGUUGGAGGGGGCGGCAAGUGAACAUAAUGAAAAUAAUUCACUUAGUAAUAGUAGUGUCUAUUCUAUCCUUACAACAUAUGGGAAGACAAUCUAAAUGACCUCUACCACUGAAAUGUAUUUCAAAUAAGGUUGCUUUAAAGUUGGUGGGGACAAUUUGAGCAUCCUGAAAAGUUGGCAGUGUUAUGUCCCUACCAUCCCUAGGAAAAACCUACGCCCAGGAAAGUGACAAUAAAAUGAUGUAGAAAUUUAAAUUGAAAAACAUUUUUUUUAAUAAA